UAGAUACUUUCCAUUGCUGCUUUCGACAUUGGCGGCGGUGCUGGGUAUCGCUGCCGUUUGUGUGGCUAAUUCGGGUCACCGGCACCCUGUUAAACAGGUAACCAAAAGUGAGUUGUAUGUUUGUGUUCCGUGCGACAAGUUGACCUGUGCUCAUGAGUUGGAUUUGUUGCAAUCACUGACACACAUAGGCGACCAGUGCUGUGCGCUCAAUGCCACGCAACUAGCUGUGCUGACCCAGUUGAUCGUUGGAAGUAGACCGCCACUUACACGUACGUUUUGA